UAAGCAAUCGAGGCUUAACGUAUUCUAUAUUAAAUAUACACGUGACUUUGAACUGAAACUUAAAAAAAAAGUAUUCUGAAGCAUACAUACAUUCAUUCCUAUACCCGUCCAUCUUUCGUUAUAAAAACUUUAGAAGGUAUAAAUCAGAAUAGGAGGGGGGAGUUGAGAUCUUAAAGUAAGUACUCCCAGUCCAGCAUCCAGUAGUAGUCAAAACAGAAGGACAAAGAGUAUAGGAGAUAUAAAAGAAAAUUCAAGUAUUUCUAUGCCCAGGAAAUGCAAUGAGGUCUCACAAGAACAGAACUGAUAUUUCUUGACCCACUCUUCCUCUUCAGCAUCCAGCUGACGUUACCAUGGAGACCAGUUCAUCCCAGUAAGACUCGUAUUAUUGGUGAACGUUAUCCGUCCAACGCUGUGAAGAGGGCUUUUUCUCCCACAUGACUUGUGUACGGGUUAUUCUGUAGUAUCCACGGUGCUUGUGGUUUGUUACUGUUUGCCUCUAUAAGAAUUUGUUCUAAGAAAUACUUCCAAACAACGGUGUAAUUUCGUGCUGCUUGUUUUAAUUGUCUUAUUUCUCAGAAAAAAAUCACGCGUGGAAUUUUAACAUAAAAUACGCAGUUUUCGUAUAGAUGUAUAAUUUAUUUAAUCUCAGUGUAAAGAAUAGAAAACUGCGUUGGUGAAUAGUCGAAAGUUUAUAAAUAGGAGAUGGCCGAUCACUCGGAGCUUGUGGCGGAGAUGCCGUUGGUGGAGAAGAUGAGCACACAGGAGAGGCUGAAGCAUGCCCGCAAGCGACGCCUCCAACAAAUGAAGAAGUGGAGCCAGAGAGAGAAAGAGUAUAGUAAUAAGAGGAAGAAAACUGAGCAAAAUUUGAACCGACAACCGAGUAGAAACGACUACAAGAUUCACUUUGUUCCAAGUGUUAUGCUUCUGGAAGCUGCCGCCAGGAAUGACAUCGAAGAAGUUCGGAGGCUGCUCUUGUUAGGAGUUUGUCCAGACUCCACAAAUGAAGAUGGUCUUACUGCUUUACAUCAGUGUUGUAUUGAUGACAGUGAAGAAAUGAUGAAGUUAUUAAUAGAAUUUGGUGCCAAUGUCAAUGCCAAGGAUAGUGAGCAGUGGACUCCCCUUCAUGCAGCAGCCACAUGUGGUCAUCUUCAUUUAGUGAAAUACCUAAUUGCCAAGAAUGCCGACUUAUUGGCCGUAAAUGCUGAUGGAAAUAUGCCAUAUGACAUUUGCGAAGAUGAUAGUACUUUAGAUUAUAUUGAGUCUGAAAUGGCCAAACGAGGUGUAACUCAAGAAAUGAUUGAUGAAACUCGAGCAGCCACAGAAAGACUGAUGUUAAAUGACUUGAAAUUGCUUGCAGAAAAUGGUGAAGAUUUAGAAUAUAGGGAUCAUCAAGGAGCAACUCCUCUUCACAUUGCAGCAGCCAAUGGUUACUUGGCUGUUGUGGAGUUUCUUCUGGACCACCAUGUUUCUACAGAUGCUGUAGAUAAUGAUCAGUGGCAUCCUGUUCAUGCAGCUGCCUGCUGGGGCCAUCCUGAUGUUAUUGAAAUGCUUGUACAAGCUGGAGCUGAUCUUAAUGCACGAACCAAGAAUGGUGAAACUCCCUAUGAUAUCUGUGAAGAUCCUGAACUGCGAGAAAGGAUAAUUCAAUUAAAAAGUGAGAUGGAAAUUAAACGGGCAGCCCAACCUCAUAAAUUAAGGCGUUCCCACAGUCAGAAUACAAGAAGCCAAUCAGUAAGGAGAACCAGUAUUCGUGAGAAGACCCAGAUAUCAAGAAGAGAGGCUCGAGAAGAAGCAAGAUUAAGGCAGGAAAAACAAGAAGAAAGGAGGACAGAAGAAGAUGAUGAGGCCAAACAGCAGCAAGAUGCUCAAGAAGUGGAAAAAGAUAAUAGUUUCAAACCUUCCCUUGACAAAGAGUGUGUAGAAUUAUCCAUGUCACCAGCUGGGAGUAGAGACACCUUACAGAGAUUGAAAGGAAGGCCAGCAAAAGAAGUGGCUUAUGUUUUUGACGAAACUGACCAUCUGAAGAAUGAGCAUAGUGUGAAAAUUCCGCCUGCUGUUUUGAAAGUGAAAACUAAUCAACUGAGGGAGAAUAAUGCAAGUUCUAACAAAGAAGCUAACACUCAAGAACUGAGCUCCCCUACCGAAAAGGAUAAUUUAGUGGAGAACCCAGAGGCUUCUGAUAACACAUCUUCAGACAAUAAAGAGGUAACAAGUAACCAGUCUCUACCAGCAAGAUCACAAGGAGAGUCUGUUAAAGUAGAAAUUCAUGUGACAGUGAACACUAAUGCCCCUUACAGUCCUUGCCCUGGUACACUGGCUGACUUAAAGAAGCAACGUGCUGAAGUUCGACAUCGUAACAGCCUCACUCUUUCCCAGCAAGAUCUGCCAAACGCAUCUGUGGAACACAAUGGCCAUCAGUUUAUUGCCACUUAUUCAUAUGAUCCAGUGGUAUCUCCAGAAAGUUCAUUGCAUCGAUAUCGCAGUAGUCCUUCAGAAAUAGUUGGUGAACCUGUGCGUCAUGGAUGCUGUGUGUUAAUGUGAUGUCAGAGUUCACAUGCUUCCAUGUAUAGCUUAUUGUGUAAAAUAUUGUGAAUUUUUGCUGUAUGAAAAACUGAGGCACAAUCUCAGAUAUAUAAUGUUUAUUGAAGAAUAUUUGACUUAAUAAUGUUAUUUAAUACAAAUCAGUAAUAAAACAAAAACAAUGUUUAGUUUGAUGUACAUACACAGAUUGCUUUCUUAGAUUUUUUAUUAAGAAUUUGUUCUUUCUUUCUUUCAUUAGACUACCUAUGAAAUACUGAGGGCUAAUUGCACUUUAUAAGAAAGAUGUUCCAGAUCCUUUGCUGCCCUUGGAACUACGUCCUCCAUCAUUUAUCAUGCUUUUAUGCAGGAUGGCAAGGUUAAUCUCAGUCACACCUUUUGGCGGGUAUGUGAUUGAAUGGGGCAGUAGUGAUUCAUUUCUUUGGCCAUUUUUCUCAUGGAAAAAACAUAAUUUUGAUGUGUGGCUAGAAACUAUGUGGACCUUUGGCUUGUGAACGUAUAUUAAUUUUAAAUCUUUGUUUUUAUUAGUCUGUUAACAGGACCAGGAGAUAUGUCCAUCUUCAUUGGAUUUGCUUUUUUGGAUCGGAGAAUUCUCUUUUGAAUUCAUGGCUUGUGCUUUUUAAAUUGAGACAUUGUUCUAGAUUGGCUUGAGAUUGUGGUUUCUGAGCAUUUUUCUUUCCUAAAAGCUCUUCUAAAUGAGUUUUUCUCUUUCCUUGGAGAGCAUUGAAUACUCCCUUUGAUAUGUUGUGAUUUUGUUUCUACUUUAUUUAACAAUCAUAAUAUAAAUACUCUUCCAUGAAGAAGGCUGCAGCUUCUGUUUCCAACCAUAAGUCUACUCACUGCUGAAUUCCAUGUUAAAUUGUCAGGAAAUUACAGUGUACUAAAUAUGUAGGUGCUAAAACAUGUUGCUCGUGGCACCAUAGCUUACAUCUAUGGCAACACAUCAAUGUAUUAUCAUAUGUAAGUCAUUGUUAUAAAGUGCAGUUAACCAUCUGCAAAACCUAGUCUAAUUGUGUUUCUUGUUUGGUUUCAAGGAAAGAAGAGUCACAUUGCAAACUAUUUUCAAGCUUAGAUAAAAUUGGUUGCUUUUGGUAGCUAUUCUAAAUAUCCAUAUAGCUAUACUUUCCAAAUAUAAAAAAAUCAAAAUUUCCCCCUCAAUUCAUUACUUACUAUAAUGGCAUAUUAACUUUUAAAAGGCUGUGUUACGUAAUAAUGCUUCCUUUGAAGCCAGCACAAUAAAACAAGAUUUUUUCUUCAGAAUAAUCACUAAUGGCUGUCACAACACAUUCCAGUUUAGCAUGUACUGAUGUACAUUUUUGUAUUAAAUUUUAGUCAUUAUAUUGUAUGGAAAUUUAUUUCUUAACAGAUCAGUCAGUAAGUAUGCAGAAUAGUUUAUUUUUUGUAUUACCAGCAGUGGUUUAUGCAAGGACAUUGACAGAUAUUUUAGAUCUUGAAAGUAUUAUUUAUGCAAUGGUUAUUAAAAAAUUUUUCUUCCAUUUGUUGAAUAGCUUUGGAUGUGUUUCAAAUUUUUUUAAUUUGUGAUCUUUGAAAAAUUAAGAGUUGUGAUUAAUUCGAAUUACUUGUACUAAUGUAUUUUUUGGGUUAUGGUUUAUUUUCAGAUAUGUUAUUUUUGUAUAAUUUCUAACUUUUAUAGUGUAUUGUAAAGAAUAUUAAUUGCACUUUUUGAUUACGUGUGAUGGUUGUGUGUUUGUCUGUCAGCAAGAGAACCUUUUAAAUUUCAUAGUGUAAAAAGAUUGAAACAUUUAAAGGGUAAUAAUAGUAAUUACUGUUAUUUUUUUCAUAAGCUACGUAAAGGAAUGGGAACAUCUAAUUUGAGUGUUGUUUAGUUGUUAGAUAUAAUACAUUCACUCACAAUCCAAACAUUACUAUUGCAUAUUUUAUGAACUUAAAACACCCACAAAAAUUGACUGCUUAGUCUGAAAGGUGCUUUCUGAUGUACAUUAUCCAUUACGAUUUAGAAAGGAAAGAUACAUCUGAACUUGGAUGCCAUGUAUAUAUCUUAUUGUUUAGAACUUGAAGCACAAAAAUUAACUUUGGUGCUACAUAUUACUAAACCACAUCACACAAGUGUUGGUUACAUCAAAUGAUAGCUAUUAAUUAUUUAUGACAAUCACCUUCUUUUCUUUUUUAUAUGGCAAUCCAGUUAAAUGCUUAGAAAAAUUAAAUAAAGGAAUUUGAAUGAAACAAUGAGAAGGGUGAUAUGUAAUUAUGUCUUCUAAAGAAAAAUUCAUCUCCAUUCUUUCAUCUUAAGAGAUGAUGUUGGCCUUCAGCCUAAGCUUGUUAAUCCAUGUGGUAUGGUGAGGUGUGUUUAUAGCUGUAUAUGGAAAAUUUGUGAUUUAAAAAGACAUUUUCCAAUAAAAGAAUCACUGCUUCUUUAGUGGAAUUGGGUAAUCUUUUUGCCAUAGACUAAUAAAAAAUUUAACUUCUAAAACUAAAACGAAAUAACUAUUGAUAAACCUGAGAGUUGAUAUAAAAUGAAAGCAAUGUUUUGGUGGGGAAAGGGGUAAACUUUGGAACUUGUAUGCGAUACUAUAAUAAAAAUGUAUAUUAUAUAUUUAUCAAAUGUACAUCUUGCAGUUAUAUUGCUCAGUGUAAAAGGAUAGUUAUCUUGGUGUUGGUUAUAUCUAAUGUUAAGGUUUUUUUAUACCUUACUGCCAAAGAAGGAAAACACCCUUCAAAUAAAAUAGAUUCACUAACUGAUGGUGUGAUAAGUGCUAGAAUGCACUACAAAGCCAAAUGAAUUUUUUUCGUGUAAAACAGUAUACAAGUUUUUAAUUCAUGGUUUAUGUAUUGUGAUUUUAAGUCCUGCCAUAUGUUGUUAAUGAUGUACUGUUUAAAGCUAACAACUGUUAUAAGCAAGCAGUGAAAUAAAUAUGAAUGAUUUUAUACUGUU